AUGUCGUCGCUCCCGUGGACUGUCGAAGAUUCAUCCGACGUGGGAUACACGGAGCAAUUCAAUCUGAAGCGAGACAAGCGUCGCGAUGAGGCGCGCCAAUUGCCGCUACCGACCAUCUCCGCCGGCAGCAGAGGCAGUAGCCGAGCUUCCAGCCGCGCGGGUAGUGGCGACGCGAGUUUAGGGCGAACAGGGGAUCGCGGGUUGGUACGGGUAGUAUCAUCAGAGGAAGAGGUGUCAAGCCAUCAUAGAUCCCCCAGCCCACGAGCAGUUUCCCCUUCCGCAGGAGGAGUAGGGGGAGUAUGGGGCGCAGGAGGGUUAGGGGCAGCAGGGGGGAUGGGGGCCGCGGGGGGAGUAGGAGGCGCAGGGGGGAUGGGGGGAAUGCAGGGAACGUCCCCCAGCGGGUCUUCCCCGAGGCCAGGGGGGUAUGAAGUAGCGCCGGCAUAUGCAGCAGCAGCUGCGGACUUGCUUGGUGAAAGGGCGGCUAAUGCAGGGGAGGUUGCGCCUGGCACGGCGACGGGAGUGGGGGCGCGGGCGGGGGGGGCGGCGGGGAUGGCGGGGCCGGCAGCAGGGGGAAAGAGGAACGCGCCCGCGUUUGUUUUCUUGCCAGACGUAGACGAGUCGACUGGCGGAACGGAAGGCCACUCCUUCAGUUUCUCCCAGGCAUUUGCUGCACAAGGCCCCUCUGCUGCAGCCGAUCGGACAGCAGAACCAUCCUCCUCCCCCUCCCACUUUCCCACACCCCACCUCCUCCACACCAACUUCUCUCCCCCGCUUCCCCUACCCCCUCCCAACUCCUCUGCCUUGCCUCGCUCCCCCGUUCACUCCCCCCGCGCCUCCUCCCACCCCGUCGGCUCCCCAUCUUCCUCCACUACCUAUUCAUUCUCCCGCUGGGGAGGCGAGAGUACUGCAGGGGCAGCUGAGACGGGAAGCCUUAAAGUUAACAGCGGCGGCGGCGCCGUUCAUGGUCCUGUGGGAGAGAUGCUGGCUCGAGUUGCGGAAGUAGCACAAAGAGCGACUACUGAUUCUGCUGCUGUUGCUGCCUCACCCGCUAGAGACCAAGGAGUCCCUGCCUCUCUGUCCUCCUCCCUCUCUCCGCCACCUCCUGCCUUGAGCCCCAAUCAAGUGGCCCAUGCAUCCCCCCGUAAUACCGGUGCACACCAUCACAUGCUACCUGCCAAGCCCAUGCCGCCCAUGAGUGCGACUGGAGGGGCUGCAGCGGGCAGCACUGGUGUAGUUGACGUGGAUGAAAUAAUCAAGCAGGCCAAUAAUAAGGCAAUCCAACGGCCACCACCAAGUCAACAGCCACAGCAAAAUGGUAUUUUCUUCUGCUGCUAG